AUGCCGCGCCAACAAAUCAACCUCGAACCCUACCGGGACGAGAUUAUCACGCUAUUUCAACACGGCAUCAGUAGCGACUCUAUCAGCCGCACCCUGGAGAGCCGGUAUAACAUCCAGGUCAAAGAACGGACCAUUCAGUCACGGCUACGGAAGUGGGGUAUCCGCAAACGUAGUCGGACCACGACUGCGGACGAGGUGCUCCAUGCACGCAUCAAAGUGCUCUUCAUGCAAGAUAGGCUGACCGACAAGGCAAUGCUGAAGCUACUGCGACAAGAUGGUUAUGACAUCUCCGAGCGGACGCUUCGGCGGCUGAGGUUUCAACUUGGGCUUCAUGCGAGGGCUUCCACGUUCGAUCAGGAACGGGGACCUGGGCCGGUCCCAGUUCCUUUGCCCAUUGCCAUGUCAGUUCCCGUGCUUGCAGCUAAAGAUGGUCAUGGACUUUGA